CUGUCCUGACGAAACAGAAACAGACAGAUCUCCAAACGAAACCCUUCUCCAAUCCAAUAUUUUUUAUCAUUGUGAAAUAGGUAGUGAAGUUAUAUUCUUCUUCUGCAAUAAACAAUUCCCUGUUAGAACAGUUUGGUGCCAUUUGUAGGGUGAUUAUUUGGUAUAUCAUAAACUAAGCAGUGAAGAAAGUAUUAUGUGUGGCACAUAAGGGUAAACAAUAAUUACGUUUUUAUAAUGUGUUCUUCCACAAUUUUAUCAUUUUUAAAACAAUGGAGGCUUUGGAUCAGGCCUUUCUUGAUCGCACUUUAUGUUGUAUUAAUUAUUGUAUUAGUACCAAUACUCAUAGCCCAUUCAAUAAACAAUGGCUUUAAAAAGUCCGAUCAAGGGGCUUUGGUAGGUGGAGGAUUCGUUCUUCUCGCCGUGCCUAUCUCCAUAUGGCAAAUAACACAACAUGUUGUUCAUUAUACAAAGCCAAUACUACAAAAACAUAUUAUAAGAAUUUUGUGGAUGGUACCAAUAUAUGCUUUAAAUGCCUGGAUAGGCUUGGAGUUUCCAGAACAAUCAAUUUAUGUUGAUUCUCUAAGAGAAUGCUAUGAAGCUUAUGUAAUUUACAACUUUAUGAAGUAUUUGUUGAACUAUCUUAAUGAAGAUCAUGAUUUGGAGGCACUACUGGAAACAAAGCCACAGGUUUAUCAUAUAUUCCCAUUAUGUUGCCUCACUCCUUGGGAAAUGGGAAGUGAAUUUGUUCAUAACUGCAAACAUGGAAUUCUACAAUAUACAGUAGUCAGGCCCAUCACAACAGUUAUAUCAAUGAUAUGUGAACUCUGCGGCGUUUAUGGCGAAAGUGACUUUAGCCCUAAAGUUGCCUUCCCAUACAUGAUCGCCAUCAAUAACUUGUCACAAUUUGUUGCGAUGUACUGCCUUGUCUUGUUCUAUAGAGCAAACAAAACUGAAUUGAAACCUAUGAAACCUAUUGGCAAAUUUUUGUGCAUAAAAGCUGUGGUCUUCUUUUCAUUUUUCCAAGGAGUAAUAAUUAACAUACUUGUCUACUGUGGCGUGAUAUCAACUAUAUUUGAUAUAUCAGAUUCUGAUAAAAUAAAGAUAAUGUCUUCAAAGUUGCAGGACUUUUUGAUAUGCAUAGAAAUGUUCUUAGCAGCCAUAGCCCACCACUACAGCUUCUCCUAUAAGCCUUAUGUGUCUCCACAAAACCCCUCACCGUCGUGCCUCGGAUCUUUCCUCGCAAUGUGGGAUGUGUCUGAUGUCAAGAGAGAUAUAUCGGAGCACCUUGGAGUUGUUGGGAGCUCCUUUAGUCGAAGACUUAGAGGUAAAUCGAUGUACCACAUGGCGCGUGGAUAUGACGAAAGUACAAGAUUGAUGAGCGAGCAACCGAUCCCGUCUAGUUCAGCGCCGAAUCUUUCUGUAGACAUGGAACCUCCACCUGUGGAAGUUCGGCCGUCUGCGUACGGGUCUAUAGAUAACACGGUCACGGCCGUGUCGAUGAACUCUGAAACCGAACCUUUACUCGACCUCGAUAAUAAAACUAAAGACGACCCUAAAGUAUAAAAAUGUGAUACAAAUAACAUGCAUAAUAUCUCAGUAACAAUGUUGACUUAACAAUUAGCUUGCUUGCUGAAGACAGUAAGAUUGUUGUUUGAAUGAUAAAGGCGUAAUACAUUCCCAAUAAAAAAGUAAUAGCUUUAAUUUUGCAAAACAACAAAAUGCAUUGCUUUAAAAUAUGAUUGACAAUUAUAGAAUAAGGAACAUUGAAAGCGAUUCUCAUUGUGAGUGUAUUACGCAACUAAGAUGUUGGUGUUAAUGAGAAAUUGAAGGUAGUAGCUUGGUGCUACUGGAAUAUUACUUUGUAAUAUGUAAUUUGUUCGAAUUCAUCACAAAUAUAUUCUUUGAAAAAAUAUAGGAUGAUAUGACAAUAGAGUAAUAGGUUGUACAUUCCUAGUUUUACAACCAAGUGUUUGUAAGAGCAUCCUGAAACUGUUUUUUUUUGUUGUUUAUUUUAUGAUCUGCGAAUAUAUCUUAUAAUAGAAUUAACUACGAAUAAUAAUAUUAGUAUAAAUUGUGAUAUUUACGUUAAUCUGUAAUUGUAACUAUACGUUAAGUUUUAGAAAUAAAACCUUUGUUUAGUAUAA